UUUGGCAACAUAAUUUCGCAAUUUCUAAAAGAAAGUUUAGAUCGAUGGUGUAGCGAGGGUUUUUGCGAUUUAACAUAAUUCGUGAUAAAAUCAGUGUUCGACUGCACCGCAGUUAUUCUUCUUUGCUUACGAGUGAUUUACUAAAAACUCAAAAUGGGCAAUGAAAACUCAAUCCCCAUGGAGCUCUGUUCCAACUCGCGUGUUAACUGCCUUGAUUUUAAGGUGGAGAACUUCGACGCCGACGAGAUCCGGCGGCUGGGCAAGCGUUUCCGCAAGCUGGACUUGGACAAUUCGGGCGCCCUGUCCAUCGAUGAGUUCAUGUCGCUGCCGGAGCUCCAGCAGAACCCGCUGGUGCAGCGCGUUAUCGACAUCUUCGACGCUGACGGCAAUGGAGAGGUGGACUUCAAGGAAUUCAUCCAGGGUGUGUCGCAGUUCAGCGUGAAGGGCGACAAGCUGUCCAAGCUUCGCUUCGCGUUCCGUAUCUACGACAUGGACAAUGACGGAUUCAUCUCCAACGGAGAGCUUUUCCAGGUCCUCAAGAUGAUGGUGGGCAACAACUUGAAAGACACGCAGCUGCAACAGAUCGUCGACAAGACGAUCCUCUUCGCGGACCGCGACGAGGACGGCAAGAUAUCGUUCGAGGAGUUCUGCUCCGUGGUUGGCAACACUGACAUUCACAAAAAGAUGGUCGUCGACGUGUAAGGCGCUGCGGCCGGCUCCGUGUUGCUUCGCGUCUUCUUUGAGUUUGACACGGGGCCUCUUGGUCACUAGCCACACUGGCCGUUGGGAGUUUUAG